AUGUCCGCCGCCUUGGAGGAGAAGAUAUCUUCAGAGAACGAGUCUCAGUCGAAGCACCUUGCCAGUGUGCUUGCAGAGCAAGACGUGUUUAGCGACGACGAGUCCCAUGAUAUUCGGUACAAGACUCUCAGUUGGCAGUUCGUCUGUAUGCUGAUGAUUGCUGAAAUAGUCAGUAAUGGAAUGUUAUCGCUGCCCAAUGCUAUGGCUGUUGUCGGUAUCGUCCCUUCGCUCAUCCUGACGAUCUUUCUGGGAAUAUUCGGUCUUUUUACCGCCAAACUACUAAUAGAUUUUAAGCUCAAUCAUCCGAACGUGCAUAAUAUGGGGGAUGCUGGACACAUUAUCUUCGGUUCAGUGGGCCGGGAAGUUCUGUCACUGGGCACUAUAAUCUUUGCGAUUUUUGGCACUGGGUCUGAGCUACUGUCCGGUCAACAAGCUCUGUCUCUCCUCUCGAACAACGGGCUCUGCGCCGUGAUCCUGCUAUUGAUAUUCUCAGUCGCGACAUUCCUCAUCUCACUUCCGCGCACUUUGGGACGCCUUAGUUGGCUUGGUCUUUUCAGCGUGAUCCUGAUCACCUUAUGUGGGAUCUUGGGUAUGAUUGGUGCAGGAGUGGACCCUUUGCCAGGCCGCAUCAUCUCUGCCGCUAUUCCAUCUAAUUUUUACGACGCAUUCCUGGCAGUCACUAGUCCGGUAUUCGCAUACGCAGGCCAUUUUAUGUUCUUCAUCCUCAUCUCCGAGAUGAGCAGACCGCAGGACGCUAUGAAGGCUGCCUGGUGUCUCCAAGUUUUUGCCACCAUUUACUACGCUGUGUUCAGUGUAGUCGUCUACGUAUAUAUCGGAAGCACCGUGGCAUCACCCGCCCUGUUGUCUUUGUCUCCGAUCUGGGGAAAGAUCGCAUUUGGCGUUGGAAUGGGCAACUUCCUCAUUUCUGGGGCAAUUUAUUCGCACACUGCCGCGAAGUUGAUUUUUGUCCGCUUUUUUAGACGGUCACGACACAUUUAUUCUCACACAGUCCUCGGCUGGUCCAUCUGGAUCUUCCUCUGCUUUGCAGCUACGGCCAUCGCAUUUCUGCUAGCCACUGCCGUGCCCAUCUUCUCUGACUUGGUUGGUAUUUCGGCUUCUGUGUUCGCUUCCUGGUACACGUACGGUAUUGCUGGAUUCUUCUGGUUGCAUGACACGUACCAUUUGAAGGGCGGCAAGGAGGCUUUGAAACGGAAGUGGGUGGGAACCACUCUUGCUGUCCUGACUGUUCUGGCUGGGGCAUUCAUCUGUGUUGCGGGCACCUAUGUCUCUAUCAAAUUGAUUGUAGAGGCGUAUGCUGGUGGCCUUGUUGGAAGACCAUUUACAUGCUAG